UCGUAGCAGCAGCGCCGACUGGUAAGAACUGUGUUGUGUUUUGAUGGAGAUCACAGAAGCUGGAUCCGUUUCGUCGUUUUUUCGGGCUGUUGUGAGUCAUAUGAAAAUCUGGGUUAGCGUAGCAACAAAUCAGCAAAACAUGCCAUCAAGUGUUCGUCACAUCUCCAGCCAGGUGGGCUGUAGGGUUAGCAUCGUAGUAGCAAUGUAGGCAACGUUAGCUGGGAGUCCUGGACAGAAAUAGCAGCCCUCAAGGAAGCGGCAGCCAGCUCCGGUGAUCGGACCUGCUUUGUGUACAGUGAUCAGCCAGCUUGCAGCUUCUCUGGAAUGCAUCUCUCCAAGAAAUGUUCCGCCUUCAAAGUGGUGCUGAGUGCUCUGCUGAUAGUGGCGCUCCUGCAGCUCAUAUACCUGUCCUUCCUGUCCAAGUUCCACGGUAAGCAGCAGCGGUACCGAUACUCCGAGCUCUUUGGAGGCUCCGGGGCCAAGAAAAAUGCGCACCCAGAGAAGAACUCACGGAAGGAGCGCCUGAGGUACUCUCUGUCUACUGGUGGGAUCUUCGACAACAGUGGUCAGUACCGGGUGUACAAGAACUUGAUCAAAAGUGAUUUCACUACAAAUCAGAAGCCGGGCUCCGACCCCAGCUCCAACAUCCUGGCUUUGGCUACACACACGACUAUAAACAACCUGCAUCACCUGGAAUCUCUCCUGGAAAGGUGGCAAAACCCUCUCUCUGUGGCCAUAUUCGCACAUGGGCAAGAUGUUAAGUUUGCCACAGCUUUGGUCUAUGCGCUCAGCUUCUUUUGCCCUCAGAUCCAAGCCCUGGUGGACUUCCACUUGGUGUGUCUCUCAGGAGAGACAGCCAGUUUCCCUGAACAGGACAGAGAGCACUUUGCAGGGCUUGAGGACUGUGCCUCUGUGUUCUCCAGACUGGAGACCCACAGGGAUAAAUACAAGAACUAUGCCAUCAGUGGAAACAUCUCCUACCCCAACAACCUUCUCCGUAAUAUCGCCCGAGGUGGCACCGAGUCCUCCUACAUCCUGGUCAUUGACAUCGACAUGAUGCCAAGCGCUGACCUGCACCAGCAGUUCCAGACCAUGAUCCUGAAGCGUGAGCCAGCAAGUGAUGAGGUGUUUGUCCUGCCAGCUUUUGAGAUUCGCCACGCCAGGAAGAUGCCUGCUACCAAGACAGAGUUGGUUCAGCUCUACCAGGUAGGAGAAGUCCGGCCGUUUUAUGAGGAGCUGUGUCCUCGCUGUCAGGCCCCUACCAACUACUCACAGUGGGUCAACAGCCACGUUAGAGGGCCGGCCAACCUGGAAGUCGCCUACACCCUCACCUGGGUGGACCCCUGGGAGCCUUUCUACAUCGGACCCCACACCGUGCCACUCUAUGAUGAGAACUUCAAGCAAUACGGCUUCAAUCGUAUCAGCCAGGCCUGUGAGCUGCAUGUGGCCGGAUACAGGUUCCCUGUGCUGAGUACGGCCUUCUUGGUACACCGAGGCUUCAAGAUCCAGGGGGAGUUCCACGCUAGGAAAGAUGAGGAGAACAAACGCAACCGGGUUCUGUUUCGCAGCUUCAAAGAGGGCCUAAAAACCAAAUACCCAUCCUCUAACAGACGAUGCUGAGGAUGGGACUGAGGGCUCUUUAUCCUGUUGGUAUCAGUCUUCAGUGAAGUCAGUCUUGAGCUGAAAUGAUGAACAUUUUUUCACUGUAACCCAAUUUGGCUUCCAGUCAAGCUCUCCUUGCCCAACUUUCAAAGUCAGCACAUAAAUGUCCUAGUUUUUCUGAGAUUCCUUGUGAUAUGGCACAGUAGGAGUUUAAGCUAAUCCAACUCUUGGGCGCAUUUCAAUUCCCCGUGAAAAUGAGCAGCGAGGAAAUAUUCUCUGGGCUUUUCUGAGCACAUCAUGCUAGUUGGGACUAAAAGGGAGAAAUGAUCAUUCAAGAGUGGAAAAGUGGCUGGGAAAUGAUGAGUGUACUGUGUUUUGAUUCAAAUGCACAUUCAGAAUCUAGAUGAUAUUUGAUUUAAGUUAAUAUUAAAGCAAAUGCGGCAUUCAGGCCUAUCUUAAAAUAACUUUAAACUAGGCCAGGUGCUGAAAAAGACACAAAAAUGUGAUUGCAAGAGAGUCUUGAGAUAUCAAAGAAAAGUGAAAGUCAGUGUUUUAUAUUUCAUGACAGCUAAUGAAAAAAAGUUGCCUUGUUCCUUAAAUCACAACUGAAAUUGCAUUUGCAGUCACACAUGAUAUCAAAUUAGUUAACAGAUUUGUAUUAUUAACAGGAAAGAGGGGAAAAAGUAUAUGGGGAAAUAGCAAAGAAGUGUUCCUUUUGUUCAACCACAAGGGGAUGUUGGUGUUUGACAGCAGAUGGCAGGCUAACCACUGCAGGGAAACAUUAAACAAAUUUGCAUUUUAGCUUAUAAGUCAUGAGCCAACAGUGUGAGAAUGAAAAGUAAGAACCGCACCAGCAUCUCAACGGACCCAAGUACAUUUUUAAGCUAUUUAGUGUAGAGCAGCUGACUAGCUAAUUAUUUAUUCAGCCUGCAGAGUGACAUAAACAGUGGGGACUUGUUCGUGAUUCAGAAAGCUAAGGUGCAUCACAUAUGUGUUUGUAGAGAGACAUGAGCAGGAAAGAUGUGCUUCUCGUUUUAUACAACAGGUCGCUAUGUGGUCUCCUAUGAACAGGAGAGCAAUGUUAAUUCUUUAUGUACAUAUGGUUUAAAAUGAAAUAAUCUGGUUGACUGUAGGAAAUUAUGAGAGCUAAUAACCUAAUGCAAAUGAAGGGGAUCAUGAAAGGAAAAGGUCUAAGUUUAUCUCCUUUGGUUGUGGAUUUUUUUCUUUAGAACAAAUAGAACAGGAUAACUGGUUUACAGAUAUAUGUGAAUGUGAUGGGGGAAAAACUGUCUGACUUUACAUUCUGGUAGUGUGUCCAAAAAUGCCGGGUGUCGUUACAGACAUUUUUGUCAGCUAUUGAACAAGACAAAUAAUAGUAAUGAUGAUGAUGAUAAAUGGCGAUAAAAUGGUAGCUGAGUCAGAUUUUUAGGCUACAGACCAAGCUUUUUACACAUCGAUAAUUUUUCAGCCUAAUGGGGAAUAAAGUAUGGGCCCCAAACUUCAGUCCUUCUAAAUUUCAGUAAGUCGGUAACAUGUUCUGACCACCAGAUGGCAGCGGUCACUCGAGUGUUGAUGCACAGUGGCAGCACAUAUAUUUAAGCCUGCAGUGAGAGCAGCAGACAACAGGAUACACCAUCCCAGUGUUUGUUGAUGGCCGGAUGGAUGUGAAUUUACUCUGCGCCACAGCGGUCGGCACAUUUCAUUAGUUUUCAGUACCCUGUGAGUGCUUGUUGCCGCUGCAAAUUGCCAGACUGAAAAUAUUUUCCUCAUGAAAUCAACAAAGCACUGUAAAGAGACGAUGUACGACACUAUCUUUUUGCCUACACUGUGUAAAACUACUGUAUUAUAACACUAAGGAUCUGACACUAUCAGUCACCUCUUGAAGUAGAGUAUAUGAUGGGACAGGCAGCUACAAGCGGAAAUGUAGCACGGUUAGUGUGUAGAGAGAUAAAUAUACUGCAUAAUCAAACCGUAAACCUCGAACAAAAAGCAACGUGUUAUGAAAUGGAUUGCUGUGGAAAUGCUUCUCUUGACACCACUAGUAAACAAAUAGCUAAGUUUGGUCUUAGAUUUUAUUCUGUAAUUCUAUGGGACAUACAUACAGUAUUAAACCUUGACUACCGCUCUUACUCCUGUCUUUUUAGUGGACAUGCAUACAUACAACAAAGUAUGCAUAAACAAAAGAUGUUGUUUGGCUACUUUUAAAUGUAAAAUUGCCAUGUAUUAGUUGAUUUUGGAGAGAUUUAAAUAUUUUUUCCUUCCUUACUUGUAGUGUUCAUGAUAUAUUUAUUGUGAAAAUGUUUUAACAUUUUUUUAAUGACCCGAGCAAGAAAACUGUAGCACAAAUGUGUUAGAAAUGAAACAUUUUGGUUUUUGAACCACUAUCAAACACUCACUUGAUUUUUUUGGAGUGGGAUCAGUUUUAACAAUAUAGUGCAGUGCUUUAUUUCUCAUGUCUUUUCAUCACUUGAAAAUGCAUUGUUUUUUCGUAUUUAUUUUUUUCCUCUGUGUUCACAAAAUAUAAUGCCUGAUUUGUCUGGAUGAAAUUUCUAAUAAACCUUGUGGACGACUUUUA